AUGUUGUCUAACAACAGGAUUCUUCAACACUUCAACCGCCACCUGGCCCUCGCAUUCAGUGUCAUCGCAGUAUCGACCUUCAACUAUGGCUUCGACAACGCCGCGUACAACAACACCCAGGCCAUGGACGCCUUCCAGCGGCAGUUCGGCGACUGGAACGAGGCCGCGGGCACAUACAAGAUCUCGCCAUCAUGGCUAUCGCUCUUCAACAGCUUGAACUAUAUCGGCUUCGGUGCCGGAGUCAUCAUCGGCAGCUUGGUCAGUGAGCGCUGGGGACGGCGAUGGUGCAUGUUUGGUAUGAGUGCCUGGGCGCUUGUUCCAGCCAUCAUGGCCGUUACUUCAGUUAGCAAGCAUCAGAUUAUGGCGACGAGAAUCCUCAACUACAUCUAUAUCGGCAUGGAGCUUGCUGUCGUCCCCGUCUAUCAAUCCGAGAUCAUGCCCAAAGAAAUCCGAGGCUUCGCAGUCGGCUCGUAUCAGUUCAGCUUAAUGACGGGCACCCUUAUUGUCAGUUGUGUCUGCAGAGGUACAAGUUCCUUGUCCGGAAACCUGUCCUUCCGAAUUCCUUUUGGCCUCUUCUUCAUCAUCCCCGUCGUCGUGAUGAUUUUGAUCUUCUUUAUCCCAGAGUCCCCGCGCUGGCUCCUGACCAAGGAUAGAACCGAAGAAGCACGAGCAGCUCUCGGAAAGUUGCGCGAAGGAAAACAGACCGAAGCCGAGAUCGACGAGCAGUUCGCGGCUCUCCAGUACGCUUUGGAGAAGGAACCUGAGCAGGGACGAUACGUUGAACUCUUCCAGGGCAAGAACCUCAAGCGAACCGGUAUUGUCGUCGCCAUGAACUUCUUCCAACAAGCCACCGGCCAGGCAUUUGCUUCCAGUUACGGUACUAUCUUCAUUCGUGAUAUCGGAACCAUAAACCCCUUUACCAUGAGCAUCAUCAAUUCCAUCGUCAAUCUUACCGUUGCCUUUACCGGCCUUUAUUUCGUUGAUCGGCUAGGCCGCCGUCCCCUUCUAUUCACAAGCGCAGGGUGGAUGUUCUCGGCGAUUGUCACCAUGGGCGCUCUCGGAACAGUUGCCAAUCCCUCCUUCGGCAUCAAGUCAGGAAUCGUAGCAAUGCUCACCCUGUUCGGCUCCGGAUUCACGUUCGCCUUUGCACCGCUCAACUACGUCGUCACUACCGAGAUCCCAGCUCUGCGCCUCCGAGAUGCCUCGCAGCGAACAGCCUCCAUCGUCAACGUCGCCACGAACUUCGUGGUCAGCUUCAGCAUCCCUUAUUUGCUGUACGACCAGUACGCAGGGCUCGGGUCCAAGCUCGGGUUCGUCUUUGCAGGAAUUCUCGCGUUGGCCAUCGUUUUUGUGUAUUUUUGCGUUCCCGAGUGCAAGGGCAAGUCCCUCGAGCAGGUUGAUCGGCUCUUCAACCAGAACGUGAGCCUGAGAAAGUUUGGCAAGUACAAGACAGAGGACCUUGCGACGGAUUCGGCUGAUGGGGCUGAGAAGGGAGUUGGUGUGGCAGUUACGAGCCAUAAGAAUUAG